AUGAAUCCUUCGAAUGGUCUUCGAUUCCUACGCCCGUAUCUGCAGAAGGAAGUCUGUGCUGUCAGCAAAUCGGCAUACCUCCGAUUUUUUUCCACCUCGAGAGCCCGUUGUCACCGCGGGGAGAAAAUCUCUACUGCCAAUGCACACAAUGGCUCCUUAAGAGUAGUUGGAGAUCCAAGAAAGCUACGAGAGCGGAUCGAUGAGCUGAAAAAGGCUGGUGCCCUGGAAUGGCCGAGGAUCAAAAGCGACAAUGAAACGUUACGAAUAGCAGACUUUGAGGAGAAGUUCAAACAUAUCGGUAUCAACCAGAAACUUCCAGAUGAGUUGGUGAGGAUCAAUGGGAGAUUGAAGGGCUUCAGGGUUGCGGGCUCCAAACUCGUUUUCCUGGAUUUGGUACAAGAUGGUGUCUCGACUCAGGUGUUGCUGGAGAAGAAAUCGUUGAAUCCGGUUCAUGACGUUGAUCCCAAGGCGUUCAAGAACUUUUAUCAUUUGAUUCGACGUGGUGAUAUUGUUUCUGCCUAUGGAGUUCCACACCGCACAAGCAGCGGACAGCUUUCCGUCGUGGCUCAUGAAUUGCCUCGAAUUUUAAGUCCGUCUUUGACUCUACUUCCGAGUAAGCUCGAUGAUCGAGAAACUCGGAUUCGAAAUCGUCACGUUGAUCUAUUGGUCAAUCAUGAAGUAGCUCAAACUCUCAAGUUGAGAUCUCACAUGAUUCAACAUAUGAGAGACUUCCUCCUCAAGGAUGGAUUUCUGGAGGUGCAAACUCCGCUUAUUUCCGAUAAAGCCAGUGGAGCUGUUGCGAAACCGUUCACUACUGUUGCGACGGAGUUCUCGGAGAAACAAUUGGCUUUGAGGAUAGCUCCUGAGAUAUGGCUGAAGAGGCUUGUCAUUGGUGGUAUGGACCGUGUGUUUGAGAUUGGUCCUGCUUUCAGAAAUGAAGGUCUGGAUGCAACGCACAACCCGGAAUUCACUACUUGUGAAUUCUACAAGUCGUUUGCGGAUCUGGAAGAAUUGAUCGUUAUGACUGAGAACAUGCUGUCUGGUAUGGCAAAGUUGGUCAUUUCACUUCAAGAAACUUCUCUCGAAGCUCUCCCGAAGCUAGAUCCAAAUCUCUUUGUUAUGCCAUUUAGACGCAUCUCUUUUAUUCCCGCCAUCGAAGAGAGUUUGGGUGAGAAACUUCCAGAUCUUAGUUCUGCGGAUGCAGAAGAACGACUCGUUGCCCUGUUCACUAAGCACUCACUUCCAUUCCCCUCUUCGCCAACACUCCCUCGUCUCCUUGACAAGCUCGCCUCAAUCUUCAUCGAACCUUCAUGUACCUCUCCAACAUUCAUUACGCACCAUCCUGCCUGCAUGGCGCCCCUCUCCAAAUCUUUCCUCGAUCACCAAUCUCGACAACUCGUCUCCGCUCGUGCUGAGCUUUUCAUUCAGAACCGCGAAAUCGCAAAUAUGUACGAAGAAGAGAAUUCUCCUUUCGAGCAAAGAGAAAAGUUCGUGCAGCAACUGAAAUGGAAGGACGAAGAGAAUAGAGCUAGUAGUGGCGUGGAUGAAAGUUACCUUGAGGCAUUGGAGUGGGGAUUACCUCCCACGGGAGGAUGGGGAUGUGGUGUUGAUAGGUUGGUUAUGCUGUUUAGUGGAGCAAAGAGGAUUAGUGAUGUGCUUGCUUUUGGGAGUUUGAGGAAUGUGGUGAAUUUGGGUAGGGAUGGGGCUGAUGUGGUGGGAAAGGAGAAAGGAAAAGAGAGUGAAGCAGAUGAGAAGGUGGAUGUGUAG